AUUAAAUCAGAGUAUUAGGCGUUUUGUAGGUUAAUAAAUUAAAAUUUAAAUAAAACAUUUAAAAUAAGAGACGACAUAAUACAUGAUGGUGGUGCUGGUAAGUAGAUAGUGAUUGGUUGAUGGGAGAAAUACAUAUCGCGUCUCGUCGCUACUCGCCAAGAGUGGAAUGGGAGUCUGGAAUCGAAUAAAAGGUGGAAGGAGGAACAGUUUCGCGCGUUGAUCAGAUUCUACAAUUUUUUAAAGAUUGCAUUAUUCGUAAGACUUGGUAGUUUCCUUUAAAAAUAAUCUUCAAGACUAGUCCAUCCAUAUUAUUCUGGUGAAAUGUCCGUUAUGGGCAAGCCGGUGCUGUACUCUUAUUGGAGGAGUUCUUGUUCGUGGAGGGUGCGAAUUGCGCUCAAUUUAAAGGAGAUCCCGUAUGACAUAAAGCCUGUGAGCUUGGUGAAGGGUGGUGGAGAGCAGCAUUGUAAUGAGUACAGGGAGAUCAAUCCAAUGGAGCAUGUUCCAGCACUUCAUAUUGACAACCAUACGUUAAUAGAAUCGCUAAAUAUUAUGCAUUAUUUAGAAGAAACUCGACCACACCGUCCUUUACUUCCAGCAGAUCCAAUAAAAAGAGCAAGAGUCAGAGAAAUCUGUGAAGUAAUCUCCAGUGGUAUUCAACCUCUUCAAAAUUUAGUUGUACUAAUUUACGUUGGUGAAGAACGUAAAAAAGAAUGGGCACAACAUUGGAUAACCAGAGGUUUCACUGCUGUAGAGAAAUUAUUAUCAUCAAGUGCAGGCAAAUACUGCGUAGGAGAUGAAAUAACUUUGGCAGAUUGCUGUUUAGUUCCACAAAUAUUCAAUGCAAGAAGGUUUCAUGUUGAUUUGCGGCCAUUCCCAACCAUCCUGCGAGUUGAUCGUCACCUAGAAAAUCACCCAGCAUUUACAGCAGCUCAUCCUAAUAAUCAGCCGGAUUGUCCGCCAGAAGCGACUAAGUAGCAAGCAAGACAGACCACUCUCUUCUUAUUCUAAAUGCAAAUCUUUAGAAGGAAUAAGAAAAUUUUUAAAUGAAAUAGAAAAAGAAGAAGAUGUGGUCUAAAUAAUUAUCACAAAUUGAUUACGAUAGAGAAUAACAAUCUACUGAUUAUUUAAAUAACCGAAAAACCAGACUAUUAAUUAAUUUUUAUACAUAAAUAUUGUUAUUUAUCAUUAAUUAACUGCAGAGAUUCCAUAUAUCGCUAUUUACUUUUUAAAUAGCAAAUUAAUUUCACACCAAAGUAUUGAAUCUACGGGUACAAUAUAUACAACAAUAUUGUUUACUAUUCAUAGUCUUUAAGUCUUUUAUUCUCUAUCGUAAAACAACUUUUGAUGAAAAUAAAUUAACAUAGUGGUGAGUAGAAGACGAAUUACUAAUAAAUAAAUAUGAAUUAAUUUUUUUUUUAUGUUAUCCUAUUUUUUUAUCUUGGAAAUUAUAUACAUAAUACAUAUUUUGUUUAAUAUGCAAUAAAAAUGUUAGCUUAUGUUUUAUUUUUUAAAUAUAAAUAUAUUUUUUCAUAUUUCUUUUUUUGCUUUCUGAUGAUAUUUUCUUUUCCAUCAUCAAUGGUGAUAAAUAUUGCUUCCGGUAAUUUAUUUCCUAUUUUUUGGAUUCUAAUCAAUUCUAGAAGAAUAGGAUGAAAAUGAAAAACAUUAUGACAAUAUUAUUUAGAUAUUUUUUCUAUUGACACUGAUUGUGUAAUAUUCAAGAGAUUGUGUUAUCGAAAAUGGUUGUACAAUUUAAUGAUACAAUGAUUUACAUUGAAAAAAAUUUAUAAAUAACUCAAUUGUUAACAACAUGAUCGAUUUUGCAUUUUAAAGAAAAAAUUAAGGUCAACCAGCAUGAAAAAGAAUUAUAAUAAAAAUGGUAUUUGACAAUAUUAUAAAUGUGUAAAAACUAGUACAAAGUAACA